ACGCGUUGACGUGAACUAAGCUAGGCUUCAUCGUAAGCUGUAGACUCGCUCAGGAGCUGCGAUCGGUUUCCUAGGUCCUGCAAGGUCCUCACGAUGGCGAGUCGGAAUGCAAUGAACGCCGCAGACAAGAAACUGCUGGACAAUCUGCAGUCAGAUCUCCGACAGCUGUCCAACGAGGCGAAGAGAAAGUUCCCCGCUGUCAAGGAGACUGCAGAGUCCGGCAUCGUCAAGCUUCGCAAUGCUGCCGCGAAGCACGAACAGCUCGUGCUUGCUCUACGCUCGGAUUCGCCAGAAAUUCUAGAGCCCUUCUUCGCCGGUUGCGACACGAAGCAUCCGAAAAUUGUACAGAUCUCCCUCUCUGCGAUACAGCGUAUGAUCAACAUCAAAGCAGUUAACAAUCUCGCCGCUUCAAAUAUUGUCAACUGUCUGUGGGGUCUCAUGGAAGCCGGCCUCGAGGAAGUGAAGACGCUCCAAACGAUAACGCAGUUGCUGGUCACCACGGACUCCGUUCAAGAUCACGUUCUGGCGAAAGCACUUGUCAUCUCGUUCCGGCUUCAUUUCACGAAAAACGCGACCACCAACAACACUGCGGUCGCGACGAUACGCCAAUGUGUCAAUUGCGUUUUUGAGAGAGCCACGCAGCAGUUGAAUGAAAGAACCGACCUCACCAAGGCGAAGCAAUGCGUCGAGGAGCUGAAAAGCGGAACUCAUUCGGCGCCGGCUUCUCUCGGUAGAGCUGCGGCGGACGCAUAUUUACUCUUCCAAGAUCUCACAUUCAUGGUGAACAACGAGCAGCCGACGUGGCUGUUGGGUCUGCAGGAAAUGACCCGCAGCUUCGGUCUUGAGCUCAUCGAGGACAUUCUGGCUCAAUUCUACCAAAUCUUCAUAAAACACCCCGAAUUCACUUUUUUGCUGAAGGAACGCGUCUGUCCUCUGGUCAUAAAACUCUUCUCGCCCAACACGAAGUUCCGAGCCCCGCAGCCGGCUCCGGGCGCUAUUCCGGACAAACCCUUCUUCCCGAUGUGUAUGCGACUCAUCCGCAUCGUGUCCGUUCUGAUAGCGAGAUUCUAUUCUUGUCUGGUGACGGAGUGCGAAAUUUUCCUGAGUCUGAUAACCAAAUUCCUCGAUCCUGAAAAAGCUGACUGGCAGCGCGCGUUAGCCCUCGAGGUUAUGUACAAAAUGUGUUCUCAGCCAGAUCUCCUCCGGUGUUUCUGCAUCCAUUACGACAUGAAGGCGCACUCAUCGAAAAUUCUCCAAGAAAUCAUCAACUCGUUGUGCGUCUGUGUCGAGUCGCUUUUCCUCCAAGAACAGCAGUCCUUCAUGGUGUCGGCUGUACAGCCGGGUCAGCAGGCUCAAGUCCCGCAGCCGAUGUUCAACUACAAGGGAAAAUCAAUGCUCCUAUUGCCCAAAGUCACACAAACGCCUCUCAAGCCUUUAUUCGCGGAAAUGUUGGAUAAAGUUGAAGUAACACCAGUUCCUGAAGGAUAUUGCCUAUCGGUCGGGUACAUUUCAAUCAUCGAGAUGAUCACGUCCGUGACGAAGCUCAUCCAUAAAUUCCAAAAGCAACAGCCUGCGAGUGAAGAUGAAGCGAACAACAACCAAGAACUGUGCAUACAACUGGUGCAUUCCUCCUGGGGAGGCCUCAUUUCAGUUAUGGGGCUCCUGCUGGAAACCAGUUGCGACGACCAGAUCACGGACACACUUCUGAAAUGCAUAACGCAAUUCGCCGUGCUGUGCGGUCAGUUGAACAUGUGCACUCCUCGCGACGCCUUCAUCUCAGCCAUGUGCAAGGGCUCGUUGCCGCCUCACUACACGUUGACUGUCCUCACAACGAUCUACCAAUCGAGCUACGUGUCCCCUCGCUCGGUGUACGAAGCGGAUUCCGUAGUCGACAUGCGUCCUUCGCUCGGACCGUAUCUCGGGAGUGGUGGGUCCCUCGACGGGGGAAAUGACGUAAAUCGGGAUCAGAUCGUCGCCGUCGGGACGCCCCUUCCGACUAGAUCUCUACCGCAAGGAGCGCAUCAGGGACCUGUUAUGUUGACGGCCAAGAAUCUCCAGUGUAUGAGGGCUAUUCUGGCUCUGGCGCAGUCGAAUGGUGCCAUUUUGUCAACCGCGUGGCACAUGGUCCUCACUACCCUCCAACACCUCGUGUGGAUCCUCGGCUUGAAACCAGCGGCCGGGGGCGGCCUCAAAGCUCCCCCAACUGGUUCCAAUCAAGGAAACUCGAAUGCCGGAGAGUCUUGCCUCACAACGGCAGUGACCAAUGAUUUACCGGUUCUGUCCGCGAUGUUAAGCCGCCUCUUCGAGAACUCACAUUACGUUCCGCUAGCGGGAAGUGUAUCUCAAGUUUUCCAUGCGUCUGAAAACUUGAGCGAGGUCGCCCUACAUCAUCUGAUCGAUGCUCUUUGUAAAUUGUCUCAGGAAUCUAUGGAGUUGGCAUUUAGCAACAGGGAACCCUCUCUGUUUGCGGUUGCUAAACUCCUGGAAACUGCCCUCGUGAAUUUGGGCAGAGUGACCGUAUUCUGGAAGCCAAUGACCUCGCAUCUCAACGAGGUUUGUCAACAUCCCCAUACAACGAUGCGAGAAUGGGGCGCCGAGGCGUUGACAUAUCUGGUGAAGUCUGCCCUCAACUACAAGGAGUACAACCCACCUCUCGCAGAGAAUCCGCAAUUGCAGCAAAUGUUGUUGGCUCCUCUGGUGGAUAUGGGUUCAAACACACUCCACUUCGAUAUUCGUGCCAAGCAGAUUGAGUGCACGUUGGCAAUUCUACACGCCGGAGUCGCUGGCGAGAGCCUAGGUCAUGGAUGGCAACAAAUUCUCUCGAUCAUCGGGAACAUAACGGAUAACCAGGGAGUGAUAUGCGUCGGCGAGAAGGAUGCCGACCCGCAUUACCCGCUACUCGUAGCGAAAAAUUGUACUACAGGGGAAGCCUUGGUACGAUCGGCCUUCCAGUGUCUCCAGCGCGUGGUUGCGGAUUUCCUCUCGAUUAUGCCAUGCUCUUCGCUACAACUGUGCAUUCAAACAGCUGCAAAGUUCGGACUCCAAACGCAAGAUCUGAAUGUGUCCUUAACGGCCAUUGGUUUAUUGUGGAACAUUGCGGAUUACCUCUACCAGAACAAACAGCGAGUGUCGAUGGAACUCGGCCAGACUGGAUGCUCCGUAUCCGUGGGCUCGAAAGAAGGAUCUCCGACGGAUGGAUCUCUCUGCAGGGAGUUGACAGCGACGUUACCGCCUUUCGAUCAGUUGUGGAUGACGCUCUUCUCUUCGCUAGGGGAUCUGUGCGUCGAUCCGCGUUCGGCCGUACGGAAAUCCGGGGGACAAACUCUGUUCUCGACGAUCAAUGCGCACGGCGGUCUUCUCGAACAGCAGACGUGGCAAGCGGUUUUGUGGAAUGUCUUGUUCCCCUUGCUGGAUAGGGUUCGGAAUCUCUCGGGAAGCGCAUCAACGGAAAAGGUCACCGACAUGGCGGGAAAUAUUCUUAUUCAUCACUCGAGAAACACGGCUCAGAAACAAUGGGCGGAAACGCAGGUGCUGACUCUCGGUGGAGUCGCCCGCGUAUUCUACGUCAAAAGGGACAUACUACAGAGCUUGGGGGAUUUCGGACGGGCGUGGGCGCUGCUGCUGGAAUUCAUUGAGAAUUCAGCGCUCUCCAAGAACAAUGAGGUGUCGUUAUCGGCGUUGAAAAGCUUCCAGGACAUGUUGCACAUGACGUCCAGGGGGACCGUGCCGUCGAGUAGCGCGACCAGUGUUUGCGGUGACUCGGUUUCGAUGUCGGGGGCGCCUUCGCUCAACGGAGACAGCGGCCUCGACUCGCUUUCGUCCGACAAGGCCGCGGAAGAGGCGAUGCUGUGGGAAACCGCCUGGAAGGUCUGGUGCACGAUCGGACUGAAUUCGACGCAAGCACCCGCCGGCGAGGACAACCACGAGAUCUUCAUCCCGUCUCAGCCGUUCCUCACCGCCCUCAUCCACAUUUUCCCGCUGCUGUUCCAACACAUCAAGCCGCGAUUCCAAGAGUGUGACCUGCGCAAGCUCUGUCGAGUCCUCGAAAACGCUUCCGCCGUGCCGAUGCACGCGGAUACCGCGCCUUUCAUCUUACCGUCUUUGACGGAUGUCGUCGUGAGCCCGCUGCAGGAGGCUAUUCUGUCCACGAUCGACACAAUCCAAAGGGAAAUCCUGUUCUCUUCGUGUGAGAACCUCUGGGACAUGCUACCGGUCCUAUUCGAACAGCUCUUGCGCUUCAGCACGUAUGCGUGUCAAGCUCCUUCCUUCGGAUCGUUUUCUCCGCCAUGCAACCAUAACAAUAACAACAUUGUCAAGCCUGUUACGGAUUGGGUCACAAUGAGUUUCGUGCCGUUCGGCGAAAGAGCCAUGGAGAUGAGUGUAUCGCUAUAUACACAGAUCGCAAAUAAACGAUCUGUAAUCCAGGCCCACAUCCUUCAUUCGAUUAUCAAGGCUCUACACGUGCCGCUGGCUCUGAAGUACAGAUGCCCGUCUUCCUCAACUUGGAAACUUGCUGUGGCUUCACUUCUGAGCGCCUUGCAUGUGGGACUCCCUGUGGCGCAUUCCAACCCGGUGAUGUUCGAAGAUAUGUGGGGCGACCUUGCUGUAACGCUCGAAGAGUUCUUGUUCUCCGAGAGUUCAUCUCCACCCAAUCAGACAUUGGAAGAACAACAGAACGAUGAAGUUCUCGACACAAGAGUGAUCCAGCUCAUCCGUGAUUGCAUCUUACCCCAUGCUUCGAAGAUGCCAAAAGUCUUCGUUAUGAGGGUGGUGGCCCUUCUCAAUAAAGGUUCAAUUCACUCGGCGACAUCCAGCGCACCGGUCGAUAUGCUCACCACUGGUCCGGACCUUUCGCGUGCCUCGGGGCCGGGUACUUCAGAGAGCAGCAGCUGCAAACCUGUGAGCCAAACCUCAACGGCGCCCGCGUCCAUUGCCAUUCCAGACACCGAGUCGACUCGGAAACUCCGCGAGGAGUUCGCAAAGGCCUGCUUCGAGACCCUUCUGCAGUUUUCAUUCCUCGAAGGCAAUACCGUGCUCCCGCACGAUCACGACGGGGCCCACAACGGAAGUUCAAGUCCUCAACAGCACGCCGGAGUCGUGUCGAAGCUCGCCAUCACGUCUCUGCUGCACAGGUUCGAAGAGGUUAUAUCAACGUACGUCGAGGAUGAGCGUCUAUCGGGAAAAUGUCCCUUGCCCAGGCAUAGAAUGUCGGAAAUAUCGUUUGUGUUGAAAGCCAUUGCCACACUAAUAGCUUCACUGAAGAAAGCUCCGCGGGGUAGCGUUGAUCCAUCGGUUUGGAAGCAGCUCAUAUCCCUCUAUCCCAGUUUGGUCAAGUGUACGACGUCGUCGUCUCCUCAAGUGUGCCGAUCGCUCAAGGAGUCUCUGCAAGAAUACACUGACCUUCUGAGUCCGCCCUGCUGA